AUGGCAAGUGAGGAAGAGAGUUUUCUUGCCUUAGUGCAUUGCUCUAGGAAAAUCCAAAAAAGCAAAAGAUAUGGUGUGAAGUUCACUGACAGAGAACCACUAAGUGUUUUCAUCAGUUCAUCAAGCACUUUGUCAGAUUUGAAGAACAGCAUCUUGCAGAAGCUUGGGGUGUUUGGUAGCAAGUGGGUGAAGAAGCUAUUCUACAAGAUUUCCAUCGCAGUUGUCUCGACCGAUGUUAAGUAUGAUACCUUUGUGCUAGCGGCUGAUGAAGAUAUUAGGGUUCUAUUCCAUUGUGUUAGGAGUUUUCCAGAGGUCAAAAUACACGAGUUGUUCGCAAAGUUGGAGGUUGGUGUCGAUAGUUCUGGGGCAUCAGCUCCAGUUCAUAGCUCGACUGCCGCGGGCGGUGCGUUUAGUUCGAUGCCUGCGGUGAGACCAUCCGUUCCGCUGGUAGCAUCCCCUUCAUUCACGGCUGAUUUAGAUCAAACGGAGGUUGUUAGUUCUGUACCUUUGGAGAAUGCAGGGGUCUUUGAGCAGGCGUAUGAAGUGGGCACCGGUGGUGGCUUGCUACCUGAUAUGCAAGGCUUUGGAGAACCUGAUCGAGUAGAGAAUGUAAUGUGUGAUGAUGACUCUGACCAGGAGCCUGUAGAUAUCAUUGGGGAUAGCGAUGAUGACACAGGUGCCAAUCCACAUGCACAGCAUGGGCCUUCAAGUUCUGGCACUCAGCAGUACCCUCCACACUUCUCCACACUAAACUUGGAGGCUCUGGGUCCACAAGCGGACUGUGGUCCUACAGUUGAGAAUCUUCUACAGAAUUUUAAAUUGGGUCAUCUUAAGUAUCAUGGAAAAUACAAGGAGUUCGACAAGGGUUGUACUUGGUUGAUUCGCGUAGCGCUGCGUGCACGAAAGGGCACUUGGGAGGUUAGGAGGUACAACGGGCCACACACUUGCUUGGCAACCUCUAUUUCCAGUGAUCACGGUCAGCUGGAUUACCACGUUAUCUGUGCGAGGAUUCUUUUGUUGGUUAAGGCAGAUGCUGUGGUGACGGUAAAGGUAUUACAACAAGCUACAGAAGCCGAUUACGGUUUCAAGCCUAGUUACAGGAAGGUUUGGAUGGCGAAGCAGAAGGCAGUGGCACAAAUAUAUGGAGAUUGGGAAGAGUCGUAUACGGAGUUGCCACGUUGGAUGCUAGGGGUAUAG